UCCACAACGCCCUACCCCUUCGCCACAGCCCCCGACAUCGUCCGCUCCCACCAAAAAGACGCCUACUUCACCGGCCACCUCGCAAACUCCCUCACCGACCUCUACCGCCGCCUCUUCGGCGCCCGCUCCGCCCACUCCCUCGCCCCGGAGCUGCGCACCUCGGCCGCCCUCCUCUACUUCGCCCUCACCACCCUGCCGGGCAACCGCACCCUCGGCGAGGAAUACUGCGACCUCGUCCAGGUAGACGCUGCCUCCUCGCUCGCCUUGCCGGGCCUGCGCACCCGCGCCGCCUACAUCGCCGGCACCGUCCUCCUGCCCUACCUCGCCGGCCGCAUCCUCCCCGGCCUUCGCGCCCGCCUACGACGCCUCGUCGACCGCCGCCUCGCCACGCUGCGACAGCAGGGGAAAGCCAAAUCCCGCCAGGCGCGCAUAUGCGAGUACCUCUCCACGCACCUCUCGUCAAUCACCUCCGCCGCGCCCUUCCAGGCCGUCGUCCUCGCGCUCUUCUACUUCAACGGCACGUACUACGAGCUCACCAAGCGCCUCCUUUCCCUGCGGUACGUCUUCACGCGCACCGUACCCGACAGCCCCGACCGCGGCGGCUACGAGCUCCUGGGCGUCCUGCUCGCCAUCCAGAUGGGCGUGCAGGCCUUCCUCCACGUGCGCGACACGUUUUCCUCCGCGGCGGUUCAGCGCGAGAGAGCUGGGUUCCACUCUGGCGAAGUCGAAGUCUCGCUGAGCCACAACAACACCUACUCCGCGAGCAAUAAUGAACUUCUCAUCAGCGGCGCGGGCACCAAUGGGCCCCAGGCGAGCAAGCUGGAUAUCGCCAGAGUCACAAACACCCCUACGAGCAGCGGCGUCCCGAGAUUCAACCUCGAAAACGAAAAGCACAUGGGAUACAUAAAGGGGAGCCAGCAACGAAAAUGCACAUUGUGUCUCGAGGAGAUGAAGGAUCCCUCGGCUACGCAAUGUGGCCAUGUGUUUUGCUGGGAGUGCAUAGGUGAUUGGGUCAGAGAGAAGCCCGAAUGCCCUCUAUGUAGAAGAGAGGCCAUGGUGCAGCAUAUUCUCCCGUUACGCGUC